AUGUCCAUAGCCUUGAAGCAGGUGUUCAACAAGGACAAGACCUUCCGGCCCAAGAGGAAAUUUGAACCUGGCACGCAGAGGUUCGAGCUCCACAAACGGGCUCAGGCCUCCCUCAACUCGGGCGUGGACCUGAAGGCGGCGGUGCAGCUGCCGAGCGGGGAGGACCAGAACGACUGGGUGGCGGUGCACGUGGUGGACUUCUUCAAUCGCAUCAACCUCAUCUAUGGUACCAUCUGUGAGUUCUGCACCGAACAGACCUGCCCUGUGAUGUCAGGGGGCCCCAAAUACGAAUACCGGUGGCAGGAUGACCUCAAGUACAAGAAGCCGACUGCCCUGCCGGCCCCCCAGUACAUGAACCUUCUCAUGGAUUGGAUCGAGGUCCAGAUCAACAAUGAAGACAUCUUUCCAACGUGUGUGGGUGUUCCCUUCCCAAAGAACUUCCUGCAGAUCUGCAAGAAGAUCCUGUGCCGCCUCUUCCGGGUCUUCGUCCACGUCUACAUCCACCACUUCGACCGGGUGAUUGUGAUGGGUGCCGAGGCGCACGUCAACACCUGCUACAAACACUUCUAUUACUUCGUCACGGAGAUGAACCUCAUAGACCGCAAGGAGCUGGAGCCCUUGAAAGAGAUGACGAGCAGGAUGUGUCACUAA